CAGUGCAGAAAUAUCACCGAUGUCCAGAACGGAGAAUCGAGCUCGCGAGCUGGUUUCCACACAGGCGCUCGACGCCGGCUGCCAUCUCGUGGAACUCUGCACGGGGCGCCUCGUGACGUACGAGCGCAAGAAGGCCUUCGUCAUCACCUACGACGCGACGUCGACCAAGGUUCGUCGUGGCGGUCCGCGGCCCUUUGUGAGCCGCCCUCCGGCGCGCAGGUCAACGGCCGGGGCCUCACGAAGCACAAGGACCGCACGGAGAAUCGGACGUCUCAGGCGAACACGCUCCUCAUCACGCUCGACUGUCGCGACGCUUACGGCGGCGGCGGCACCAAGUUCUAUCCUCCCGCGGCGAAGAAGCAGCCCUUCGUCGUCCGUCCCGCGCGCCGGCCGCGUCGUCCGAGUCGGUGCGCCCGCGACAACCCGUUGACGCCGCGCAGGUCUGCGGCGGAGGUGUGACGUUCUCUCCCGACGUGGAGCACGAGGGCGUCGCGCUCACGCGCGGCGCGCGGCGUGUCGUCGCCGUCUUCACCGACGAGUGCUCGAAGAAGGCCGCGCCGGAGCGCGACGCCGCCCGCGAAGCCCAGCGCCUGGCUGCGCUCCAGGUCUUCGGCCGUCUCAAGCCGCCGUCCCGCACGACGCCGUGAUCGCGACGCCAGGCGACACAAAUACGCCGUCGCCUGGUGCCGCGCGCGCGGCGUGUCGCCCUAGAGCCCAAGACGAUCUAACUUGUAUGAACCCGG